GUGUUCUAUAGUUUACAGUAUAUCACUGUUUUAAUUUAGCUUGAAAUUAUUUACAGUCAUGGAUUGAGAGCCUCAUCAGGAGAAUCCCUGGAAAAAUACCCAAAUUCAAUGACACCAAAGAAUGUGGAGUCCAUUGAAUCCCUGGGUGAAGGAGAAGAUGCAGAGUACCAUGUUGAUGAAGCUCUGGAAAGGAUGGCAGAGGCCAUAUUGCUUUUGAAACUGCUGGAAACAUCUUCAUUUUUUGAAACCCUACCAAUUAAAAACUGGGAAGUGGCUCCUGCUGAUGCUCAAUCCAAAGAACUUGACAGACUGUUCAUUGGUCAUUUAAUAUUCUUUCACUUGAAGACCAUGUCAGGACAGGUCUUUGAGAUCCCAUGCAAGAUUGUAAAGAAGAACCAGUUUGCUGAGGCAGCCACUGUGACUUUGGGAUUUGGACUCUUUCCCAGACUCACAUUCAUCAACCAUUCAUGUUUUUCCAAUUUGCAUGUUUCAACUGCUGCCAAUGGGGAGGUUGUGGCAAGGAUUGUAUAUCCAGUCAAGGAUAAUCAGGAGUUGACAAUUUCCUAUGGUGACAUUGGGUGGGACUUUGCUUGUGAAUGCCAAGCUUGCACAGAAAACUGGCCUCUUGCCUGGGACAUGAACCAGGACUUGGAGCUGUGCUGUCCAUCCUGCACAACACCUUUGCCAACAGAAGAAGUGAUUGACAGGGUCACAACAGGAAACACUUGCAUAUGUCCAACAUGUGAACAUGACCAAACCCAAGUCCUCUUGGAGCUGGCUGAUGAAUUUCUGUCAACUGACAACAAACUGUCAUCUUCAACUGCACUUUUUCCUAUUCCAAAAUCCUAUCAGAAGUCCUACAAACUCCUGUUUGUCAGUGGGCGCCCUGAAGCAGCUGCUCAUAUGAUGGAGUCUUUUUUGACCAAAUUCAGCUCACUUUUCAAGAUGCCCAGUUACCCCAUCACUCUGGCCACAACACACUUGUUCAACUGUUACAAUUUCAUGCAUAAUAAUGUUUUCUUUGAUGACUGAUUAAUCAUUGGGAGGAAUUGAAUAAAGGGUUUUGCAGAACUC